AUGCGAGAUGCGAUGCGACGCUCCGACACGAACUUCACGGGCGCUACUCCGCCGCAGGAGGUUCGGAAGGAGCAUCUGCGCGGGGAUAAACACAAACGCACAGGCAAAGGUCACGAUGAGGGCAAAGACGACGACGGCGGAGUGGUCUGGUCGACCGACAUCCCGGGCUCCCGCUCCGACCCGGAAGACGCGGACUGGCCGCGCCCGUACACGCUUCUCGACCGCGCCGCCAUAUUCCGCACCAUGGCCGCGUCCGCCGACCCGUCGCGCACCCAGCUCGGCGGCGGCGGACGGCGCGCAGACGCGGUCAACUUCCAGCCGUGGGGCGGGCCCGAGGCGUCGCAGGACCGGUAUGUUGUCAAGCAGCUCGAUAUUGGGGGGAGGUUGUGGACUGUGAGCGCUGUUUUUGACGGCCACCUCGGCAACGCGACCGUCGCACACGCAGCACACCACGUCCCGAUCAUCAUCCUCGAGCAGCUCACAGCGCUCCUCGCGCGACACGGCGGCAGCGCCGCGGACGCGCGCGCACUCGAGACGGUCCCGCCGCCGCUCAUCGCGGACACGCUCUCGCGCGCGGUGACCGCGUUCGACGACGCGAUCGCCAACGACGUGCUCGAGCUGUUCCCGGGCGGACUCGACGCGCUCGCGCACACGCCGGACGACGAGAUCAGCGCGGUGCUGAACGACCAGCGGAACGGCGGGGAGAACUUUCGCAAGGCGCAGUUGUGCAUGUAUGGGACGACGGCGGUGGUCGCGCUUGUUGAUCCCGAGGGCGAGAAUCUGUGGGUGGUUAAUUUGGGGGAUUGUCAGGCUAUUAUGGUCGCGGUGGACGCUGAAGGCGAGCCGACGGUGGAGGUCCUGACCAACGUCCACAACGCGGACUGUCCGCCCGAGGUCGAGCGCGUGCGGAGCGAGCACCCCGGCGAAGAGCCCGUCAUCGACGGCCGCGUGCUCGGCGCCAUCGCUCCCUCUCGGUGCAUCGGCGACGCCCCGUUCAAGCAGCCCCCGGAGUUCACCCGUCGGAUACUGUACAACCUCUUCCCGGGGCACCACGCCGACACGUCGCCGUGGGAGGAGUUCCUCGUGCACAACCACACGCCGCCGUAUAUAUCCGCAACGCCUGAGAUCACGCAUUAUCCGAUCGCUGAGCCCUCUUCGCCUACCGCUGCCCCCGCUGGUGCUGGUGCUGCUGGUGCUGGUGCUGGUGCUGGUGCUGCUCCUGGCGGCUCCGCGUCUGGUACGAAAAUAGGUGCGCGGAGGAAUCCACGACGGUACCUCAUCCUGUGCUCGGACGGCUUCACGGACGUGUGCGCGCUCCCGAGUCAGCGGCAGCAGCGCGUCGUCGAGGCGUGGGCGCGCGAGUGCUGCCGCGGCCCCGCUUUGCCGGCGGCCGCUGCUAAUAGCGACAAGCGCGGGACCACGGCGGAAGAGGAGGAGAACCUCGCGCUGCGGCUGCUGUGGCACGCGUUCGGCGGGACAGAGCGGAGCGUGUCGCGGGCGCUCACGGUCGAUAUGGGCACGGAGGCCGCGUGGCUGGAUGAUAUGGCGCUUGUUGUGCAGACGCUAGACGAAAAGGGCCAGAUUAAGGGCAUCACCGAGGAUCUAACUGCAGCCCUUGAAGACAUUGGCUCUAUCAUCCAGUAUCUUGCUGAAAAGAAGGCUUCGCUGGAGUGCAUGAGGCGCGAACAUGCUCGGUUCUCUUCAGUGGUGGGGCGCCUACCGGGGGACGUCUUGUCCAUCAUCUUCGAGCACGGCAUACCCUCUCCUUCAGGAGGUAGAUCCGACCCGUCUCAGGACGAUCCCUUGCUCUCCGUUAAAGUCGCCUGGGUUUGUCGACGCUGGAGAACUGUUGCACUCAGUAACCCGAAGCUGUGGAACAAGAUCCAUCUCGACGGGAGCAAGGUAGUGCCGGGCGCGAGCUCGCCUCGUUUCGCUGAGCUGGCUGCACGGUGUCGUGCGCAUCCAACAUACUUGUUUAUUCGUAGCCCCAAGUUUUCAGAGUUGGAAGAGAGCGGGAUGCUUGAAGGCCUGAGAGGCGCGUGCAGGGGCAUUGAAGCACAGUCGCAGCGGGAAGAGCCUUCUUCCGAGUCAUCUGGAUCGCUGGCUCGCUCGAAUCUUUCCCAACCUCGCGUCCCUAUCCCUGACAGGCUACCACAUUCCUUUUCGCAGCUCUCCAAUCUGUACAUCCAGUUCGCAAAAGCAAGGAACGCAGGCUUCCGUGCAUUUGAUCCGCGGGCUAUCUACCAGCUGCGCUCGCCCACUCUGCGACGCCUAGUUAUCCAUGCUCUCCCGAUACCCUGCCAUUCGACACUCGACACGAAUCAACUAGCGACUAGCUUUCCUGGUUUGGAGGAGCUCCGCAUCUUUGGCCAUCCCGUACAACGGUCACGCGCGCAAUCGCUGGUAUCUUCGGAGCCACCCACAAGGACAGCGCUUUUCUCGCAGCUGAGAGCCUUGUCAUUGGUAGUGGAUUGGAAUAGUGUUGAAGGCUUUAUUCGUGCAUUCCAGCCUUUGGUUCUCCCGGCGCUUUCAGAGCUCAACAUCGCCAUCUGUCUGCCGUGUAAUGAGGAAGGUGUGCAGACUCUGGCUGUGGAAGGAUGCCUUGCUCGUUCGCGUUGCCCGCUGGAGCGGAUGAACGUGGUUAACAUGAGGGAGAGUGCGUGUUGGGUCGAUGCAUGGGUGGAGCGCCUCAGAAACACCUACCCGCAACUUCGGCUGGGCGAUUAUCACUGCGACAUCGAUACGACCAAAGCGGCCUGGUAUCACACGACCAACAUUGACAAGCGCCCGAAUCGAUACUGGAACGUCACAGAGGAGCGGACACUGCAGGUGUUGCGACGGCGCUCCGCACAGUCACUGCGCCCCACUGGAGCAAAUGCGGAAUUGAAAGCCGGGGAGGAAUAGGGGAGAAUCACUCGCUAUGCGACUGGGACAUGUUUUUCUGUUUCCGGUUCGCUCUUGCUUCUUUCUGUUCCCUUUGGCUGUUACCUCAUGAGGACAGAUGGACUGCCAUAAUC